UGACAAUGACACAUAAGUACGGGAAAAUAAACAACGAAACAUUUAAAAAAUCGCUAGCUGACUAGGUGUGGUGUUAUGGAAAGUGUAUUUCCGUCAAAUGGUGAUUAAAUGUCUACAAAACCGAUAAAAAUGCCGUCGGCAACAAAAGAAAAGGAUUCUACGAAACUUAAGAUUGCUGUGGAAAUGUUAAAUGCUCCAAAUAAAGUACCACAGCUCAUCGAGUUAGAUCAAAGCCAGCCUUUAUCGAGCAUAAUCCAGCUUCUUUGUAAAACGUGGGGACUUCCGGACCCCGUGAACUACGCUUUGCAGUUCUCUGAGAGCAAUAACCAAAACUACAUUACCGAGAAAAACAGGAAUGAGAUAAAGAACGGUUCAGUGUUACGCCUAGAGUUAUCGCCUGCGAAAACGGUGCAAGACAUUUUGGCCAAGAUCAAUGGCGUAGAAGCAGAUCAAAUCGCCGCCUUAUCCAAAUUAUCUGUCCUUAGUAGCGACCUAACAUUUGCAUUAGAGUUCAUUAACAAAAAAGGUCUGACACUCAUCAUCAAUGACAUCGAAAAUGGAAAAUUCAAAGGAAAAUCGCUAAAAUACGCCUUAGCAACUUUUGUUGAACUCAUGGACCACAGUGUAAUAUUCUGGGAUAUACUAGAAAAUCAAUUCAUAAACAAAAUCGCCAGCUUUGUGAGUAACCAGGCCAUUCCGCAAGACCCCAAAGUAAUUCAGUGUUGCUUGUCCAUUCUAGAAAACAUUGUACUGAACAGCUCUAAGAACUCUCAAGUGGAAAAAGAAAUCACAAUUCCAAGUUUGAUAUCACAUUUACAGAAUUCACAACAGGACAGUUUAAUUCAGCAGAAUGCUAUUGCUCUCAUAAAUGCUAUAUUUUGCAAAGCCAAUAUGACAAAGAAAAAAACUAUUGCAGCAACUUUGUCAUCUAAACAGGUACGUAAUGUCAUUUAUGAGAACCUCAUUGGGACUGGUGAGUUCCCUAAGAACAAUACUAAAGAAGCAUUAGGGACUGAAUUGGCUCACCAGCUCUAUGUACUUCAAACAUUGAUGCUGGGUUUGCUGGAGCCACAAAUGAGACAAAAGGCUGAGUCACAGGAACAAGAGUCACAAGAAAAAAUAAAGGAAUUGAGGAAAAUUGCUUUUGAAGGUGACAACAAUCCAAAUAUUGAAAUAACAAUGAGAAGACCUGUUGGUUCUUAUUCAAAAGAUUUCAAAAAACUUGGCUUUAAAUGUGAAAUAGAUCCUAUUAAAGAUUUCAACGAGACUCCCCCAGGAGUACUGGCAUUAGACUGUAUGUUGUAUUUUGCCAGAAAUUACCCAGAAGAUUAUACUAAAAUAGUUCUUGAAAAUAGCUGCCGUGCAGACGAACAUGAGUGUCCCUUUGGGAAGACAAGCGUGGAGCUUGUAAAGCAACUGUGUGACAUCCUACAUGUAGGUGAACCACCAAGCGAACAAGGCCAGACAUACCAUCCUCUCUUCUUCACACAUGAUCAUCCAUUUGAAGAACUAUUCUGCAUUUGUAUAGUUCUACUUAAUAAGACAUGGAAGGAAAUGAGAGCGACAUCUGAAGACUUCAUAAAGGUAUCGAGUGUCGUAAGAGAACAGAUUAGCAGAGCGCUCUUAGCAUCACCUAAAAACUUUGAUAAGUUCCGGCAAAAAAUUAACCAGCUGACAUAUGCCGAAAUAACACAAAUAUGGCAGCAAGAAAGAACGAACAGAGAAGUCUGGGAGUCUCAUGCGCGACCUAUUGUAGAGUUAAAAGAAAAAAUUACACCAGAAAUUGUAGACUUGAUUCAGCAACAGAGAUUGGGUGUACUUGUUGGUGGAACAAGGUUUAAAAAGUUUUUUUCUAGAAGUCAAAGAAUAAAAGAUAAGUUCUGGUUUGUUCGUCUCUCACCUAACUAUAAAGUGUUGCACUAUGGUGAUUGUGAUGAAAAAAGCACUCCGAGCUUAGAAGAACUCGGAAACAAGCUACCUGUUGCUGAAAUCAAAUGUGUUGUUGUCGGUAAAGAGUGUCCACACAUGAAGGACUUGAGAGGAAGAAAAAUAACACCACAUCUGGCUUUUUCAUUUAUUUUGAAAUCUGCUGAAGUUACUUCUUUAGAUUUUGUGGCUCCUGAUGAACAGAUCUUCGACUACUGGACUGAUGGUAUCAAUGCACUCUUAAAGGAAAAGAUGACCAGUAAAUCAUUUGAAAACGAUUUGCAAACUCUACUGUCCAUGGAUAUAAAGGUUCGGUUACUUGAUGCGGAAGGCAUUGACAUUCCACAAGAUCCUCCACAAAUUCCUGAUGAACCUGAAGAUUAUGAUUUUUAUUAUGAGAAUAAUUAGCAUUCCCAUUAAUUAAUUCGUUUUUGAGAUAUUAUUUUGUACAAAGGUCCCUUUUCUAUUAUGAUUCAUAUAUUUUAUGUGUAAGUUAUGAAUCACUUUUUAAAUACAUAUAUAUUUAUUUUAAAUAACCAGACCGUUUUCCACAACUAGACAUAUGAAAUUGCGCCUUUAUAGUGUGUGGAUACAGUUAUCGUAUGAUAGGCAGUAUUUUAUUUAACAAUAAGGUUCAUAUUAAUUACAUUGAGUUAUAUUUUAGUUCUAGACAUACCAAAUAGGGCAUCACCAUUUUUGUUCAUCCUGUUCCUGUAUGACUGUGUAUGAACUUGUAUAAAUAGAAUAAAUUAUAACCAAUAUAACAGUUUUUAGAAUACAAUGAUUUAAUUCUGAUAUUGAAUAAUGUGUUUAUGAUUGUAGUUAAAGUUUUUUCAUUUUAGUAAAAGAACCUUAAUUAGAGCCAGAUGUGUCCAUUAUAACAAUAAUUGAAGUAAACGUUUGUUUGUAACGAAUUUCAAUGUGUUGAAAUAUCUUUUUUUUUGUUGUAUGUCACAUUCACAUGGUAUUUACCAGUUUUAAUUUGAAAAAAAUAUUAUUUAACCAAUGUAAUAUUAAUUAAUUUGCACAAAUCAUUUUAUAUAAUUGUAUCAUAAAUGAAUUAAAUACUUGAUGUAAUUUUAAUAUCUGAGGAUCAUAUUAAGUAUCAUAUUAUAUAAAUUCUGUCUUCAAUGUAUUUGAGAUUUAGUGAUAGUUUUUCUAUAUUUAAGCUUUGAAACAUAGGCAUUAGCAGUGGCCGCUAGUGUUUUGUCAAAUUCUUAUUAUUAUUGCAGUAAGGAAGCAUUUGGGAUUUUAUAAUAGAGGUUUUAAUCAUCGAUUAAUUUAUGAGGAAUAUGUUGUUAUUAGCCAUUAAUCGAUAUUAUAUUUUGUAUACCAAAGAUAAUGUCUAAAGAACGAACAAAGAAUAUUCGUGUAUUUACUUGGAAUUAAAAAAAACUAUUAAAUCACGAAACAA